CAGAAGUUAAACGUUUAGAAAUUAUCAAUUCGGAAAAAUAUUUGUCAGACAAAGAGAAAUAUUAUCAUCACCCAGAAGCAUACUUUAUAAGUCGUCCACUAAGUGGAAUAAUUGAAAAAAUUAAUUUACUCGCUAUUUCAUCAAAUGGAUCAGAUCAACAAGAUAGCAAGAUUAAUAACUUACCAUUCUGCAAAUACUUUAGUUAA